CAAAAAUUUUGCGGUUGACUAGAAAUCAACAGCUGCCGUAUUAGUAACCUUCAAAGGCUUUGUUCAUUUCAAAAUGGCGCCAAUUGGCUCACCUAAUGAUAUCCGUGCCAUGAGAUUGGCCAAGUUGCAAGCCUCUGCGGGCAAAAAGCAAAAACUGGAGUCUACAAACUCUGACAAUAGUGGUCAUGGCUCUAAAGUUGACAGUCAACCAGGAGAAGAUUUAUCUAAAACUAGCACCAUUAGUUCGUCUUCUACCUCAUUGCCCUUAACAAAUCAAAAACAAGCCCCAGCAGCAAUUCAGAACCAAAAUCAUUUUACUUCGUCCAACGCCUCUGCACCUCCCCUUCCAGUCACAAAUAAAUCGCAGCAGCAGUCACAACCACAACAAGUGUCUUUUGAAAGGUGGAGAGCAAACGAGCUGAAACGGACAUUGUCUGUUACACUAUGUGUAGAAGACGAGGCCAAAUCAUUGAUCUAUCUCCAAUCGCUAAGUGAUGAGCUAAACUCUACAGAUCUAAUCGAUGUAGAUGGGCCAGACACAGUAUUGACAGCACUUAUCUUUGAAGAUGGAGUCUGUAAACAUUUCAUGUCCCCGCUACAGUAUCUUUUCAAAUGUUGGUCAAAUGCGAAUGAUUAUAAAAGACUACUGCACAAGAAUACGCAGAAUUAUGAAGAGAAACUAGACUUCUACAAUGAAGUUUUAAGACUUACCUCUGGCUAUGCAUCCAUAAUUUUUUAUGAGCCAGACACGUUCAUCGAUGGCCCUAUUUUGACAUCCAUCAUAAACGAACUGAUCAGCAAUAUUAAUAGAUAUCUAGACUUUUGGGUUUCCAUUUUGAACUCCAUCGUAGACAACCAGACCCAAAUAGAGUUUUUGAGUUCAAUUUUGCCAAGAAUCACCGAUCAGAUAGAUAAGUCUUUGGAUUCAAACAGCUUAUCAACAGCAGCAACUUCAACAAAUACUUCUAAAUAUAACAACAUCUUGUUGAUCAUUGAGCUUCUGACACUAAAUAAAGGCAUAAGUGGUUACAUCCAUCAACUGGAUACAUUCAACCCUAGUGCAAGUGAUGGUGUCCAACUUGAACUAAAUUCUUUUCUUGGUAAAGUGUUAAGAAUCUCACCUCUUUUGCCAAAGAUUUCAGUCAACAACUAUAUAGGAGUUGUGAACAAAAAUGAAAUUGAAACAAUCAAUCAAUCGCUAGAAUCUACAUACUCUUUCCUAUUGACUAAGCUCUUCAACAUUGUUGACUCGUUGAUUAGGGUUAGCAAUGAAUCAAGAGGUGCUGUCUUAAAGUUCAUGUCUGAUUUGAUAAACAAAAACCAUUUGAGAAUGAGUGAACACGCAGAUGAGAAAAAACUAUCAAGCGACUCCCUUAUUUUGAAUAUCACUUUGAUAUUGAUCAAACUUUCUGAACCGAUUUUAAGAGAUGGGAAUUUCUCAAAAAUUGACAAAAUCUCAUUAGACUAUUUGAAUUACUCCAACAAAUUAAUUGAUAUUGACGAAGAAACUAGAAUCAACUCAACUAUACAGGAGUGUAAUGACUAUUACCAGGACAAAUUAUACCCUGAAGAUAAAAGCCUAAAUUUCAUUUCACGAUGUUUCUAUUUGAUGUUGACUUAUUUACAAUAUGGUUUGGGAGGGUUGAUUGUAAGCUAUAAUAAAAAAGGUAAGCUGUUAAAGCAAUCGAAAGCACAGUUGAAACAAAUUAAGGAGAUGAUAGACAAAAGCAAAUUAACCUCCAACCCACUUGCAGAGAGAAUGAUCAGAAUGAGGCUUGAUCCUUUGGAGAAGCAAGUGGCCUUAUUAAAGAAUGAUAUUUACUCCCAAGAGAUGUUCUUCCAUUGCAGGAAUUUCCAAUUGGAGAUUUUUGACGUUGUUGUUGGUAUUUGUGAGUUCAUGGUAAGAUUAAUUGACACCAAACAUGAAUAUCAUCCAAAAUUGGGAAAUUUUUUCCCAUAUCUCAAGAUUCCAUUACAUAACUUUGAUGAUGAGAUUGAGAAGUUGGAUGAUAUUGAAUACUUGAGGGAAUUAUCGCCCAUCCCUUUUAAGUAUUUUCCUGAAAUUUAUAUCGAAGGAUUGAUCAACUACUGCCACUUUAUUUCGAAGUUCACCAACAACCCUAUGAUUGAUAAUGAUAGCAAAUUGACUAAAUUUAUUGAAUUUGCUAUAAUCAUUUUGAGAUCUCCAGAGCUAAUCAGUAACCCACAUUUGAAGGCCAGGUUAACUGAAGUUUUGUUCUUUGGCUCUUUGCCUAUACAAACCAAUAAUGGAGAAACUUUUGGUUUUAUGAUCUCUAUCUUUAACGAUGAUGAGGUUGUUCAAGAGAACUUGCUAAUCUCUUUAUUGGACUUCUAUGUGAUGGUUGAGAAGACUGGUGCGUCAUCGCAAUUUUACGAUAAGUUCAACUCUAGAUAUCAUAUCUCGUUCAUAAUUGAAAAACUAUGGAAAUUCGACAAGUUCAAGAGUGACCUUAAGUUGAUUGCAACAAAAUAUCAGAAAUUUUUCAUCCGGUUUGUUGCUAGAAUGUUGAACGAUACAACCUAUUUGUUGGAUGAAUCGUUGAACCAUUUGCAUACCAUCCACAGCUGUCAAAAAGAAAUAAGCAAAAGGAGCAAGGGCAUCACCACCGGCAACCACAGCGAAGAAAGCGAUGAGGAAUUGAACAAAAAGUUGCAGGAAAGCGAAAGAAUGGCCAAGUCGUUUGUUCAGUUGAGUAACAAAACAAUUCUACUAUUCAACUUGUUCACUCGGGAGACCCCGCAAUCAUUUACGAUUGUCGAAAUUGUCGACAGACUCGCCGGCAUGUUGAACUACAACUUAGUUGUGCUGGUAGGACCAGGCUACAACGAGUUGAAGGUACAAAACCCAGAGAAGUACCAGUUCGAUCCAAAGGAGCUAUUGUUCCAGCUGUGUUCGAUUUUCAUCAACUUGUCCAAACGGGAGGAGUUUGUCGAGGCUGUGGCACGGGACUUGCGUUCUUUCGAGCCGGAGAACUUCUACAAAGCAAUCAGCAUCUUGAGGAAGAGCUACAAGAUCCCCGACGAAAGCUACGAGCGGGAAUUGGUGAAGUUCGUGGAGAUGGCCAAGUCCAUCAAGAUUGCUGACGAGGAGGAAGAACUUGAGUUAGGCGAGGUUCCGGACGAGUUUUUGGAUCCGUUAAUGUACACGUUGAUGAAAGACCCUGUGAUGUUGCCCACGUCGAAGAUCUCCAUCGACCGCAGUGUGUUGAAGGCACAUUUGAUGAACGACCCUACAGACCCCUUCAACCGGAUGCCAUUGAAGCUCGAGGAGGUGACUGAAGAUACAGAGCUAAAGGCCCGCAUUGACUCCUGGGUGCAGGCCCAGCGGCAGGCCCAGCGGCAGGCCCAAGCUGUCCCUGGCGAGCCCGGAAAGGUCGCAAGUGUAGAUUCCGACGGCGACGUCGAGAUGUGACGCUGCGGGAGCGAUGCCCAAUGCCGACGCCCGGCCCUGAAAUUGUAUAAUGCUGUAGCCCGGUAACUGACUCUGCCCAUUGUGUCCUGUAUAUACGACUGCUGCGAGAAAGGAAACGGAAAUAAAUAUCGACAGAAAAAGCGUUGAGGC